AUGGAGAUAAAAGCAGCCGUCAGAAGAUACGAAACAAGGAAUAAGACAUCAGGGACAGAACGUCAGUCAUGCAAAUCCCGAGUUGACUGGCGACGCACUAAAAGGCUCAUCCUAAUUGACAGCAAUGAUGAAUCCUCAGGUACCUCUGAGGAGGAAGAGCCUACCACGUCAGAAGAUGAAGUAGAUGAAAAAGAUAAAACCGUUGUGAAGAACAGCCUUUCAGGUCAGGAAGAGAAAAGCCACAAUGGGGAAGUAACAGAAGAUGGUGAGGAUGAGUGCAUCAUGCCUGGCAAGCGUAAAAGGUUGAGCACCUCUGUCUUGUAUGACAGUGAUGAAAGUGAGGAUAGCGAUAUACUUGUUAGAAAAGUUUUUGCUAAACGCCACUGUAUAAUGGAUGAUGAUGAGAAUUCCAAAGAAGAGCAACCUAAUCAAACCUGCCGUACAGAAGAUGUUUCUACAAAAAGGAAACAGAAAACGUUUGCAAGAUUGAAAGAACUUGCAAGGCAAAGAGCAACUCGGAGAUCCUGCAGCAGUGAAAAUUGGGAGGAUUCUAAUGAUGAAGCAGAAAUAGAAGAGGAACAGCUCUGUCGCUUGCCCUUCACACCAACAGAAAGUAGUGAAACCGACAGCGACAGUAUGAAAGAUUUUAUUGUAGAGGAAGAUGAUGAUGACAACACAGAGCAUGUGAGGAGUGAAAAUCAGCCGCAACAGAAGGAACUAAAGCCAUCAAAUAGCGAAUUGCUGGCACACUACGUCCCGCACUUAUCUUGCUGUGAUCAUUAUGUACACUUCAAAAGAAUAGUAAAAGCUUUCCUCAUAAAUGCAAUUGAUGACACUUUUCUGAUCUCAUUAUAUGAUGGAACAAGACAAAAGAAGUAUGCACAAGAUAUGCUGCUGUCACUUCAUUAUUUGGAUGACCGUUUCGUUCAGCCUCGACUUGAGAACUUAAUCUCUAGGAGUCGCUGGAAAGAUCGAUACAAGGAGCGUGUGGAUUGUUACCCAGAUGUUCACAUAAUCAUGAAAAAUGCAGAAAAUAUGUCUUGCCAUGCCUGUGGGUUGAAUCGGUAUUGUAAGUUUAAAGUGCUGCUCUGUGGAAAGCUUUAUGAUAGUAGAACGUUGGAAGCAGAUGACUUCAUGUCAGAUGACAAGCAGGUGUUGAAGGUUGGCACGGUGUGUGCAGAUCGCACAAGAGUUUAUCAUAAUCUGAAGCACUUCAAAUACAAGUUGUACAUGGAUUGCAGCUCCGUUGCUGAGUUGGAUGGUGUCAAGGAUGAGCCAGUCAAAGACACAGUCGAACGGCUUUUCAGCCAGUUGGAAGACAGUGGGUGGAUUCAGAAGAGAUAUGAUGAUCUUGAAGACUACAUGAAUGAUGCAGACAAUUUCCAAGAAGAGAAAAUGGAUUAA